AUGUCACAGAGGGUCACCCCAGUGACCCCACGCUCAUUAGUGGGACAAGGUCCCCAUCUACUGGCCUUCAUGUGUUUUCCACCUUAGGGAAAGACUAUAGGCAGAGUUUGAUGUACAUGAUGUAGCAGUUGGUCACAGCAAUGUCAAUGAAAUGUAAAAACAGGGUCCUGUACCAUCUCUCAGUCUUGUGGUGCACAGAGUAGUACUGUAGUGUCCAUCCACCUGGUAAAGAAGAGGUUACCAUCUCUGAUCCACCUCAGUAGUACUGUAGUGUCCAUCCACCUGGUAAAGAAGAGGUUACCAUCUCUGAUCCACCUCAGUAGUACUGUAGUGUCCAUCCACCUGGUAAAGAGGAGGUUACCAUCUCUGAUCCACCUCAGUAGUACUGUAGUGCCCAUCCACCUGGUAAAGAAGAGGUUACCAUCUCUGAUCCACCUCAGUAGUACUGUAGUGUCCAUCCACCUGGUAAAGAAGAGGUUACCAUCUCUGAUCCACCUCAGUAGUACUGUAGUGUCCAUCCACCUUGUAAAGAGGAGGUUACCAUCUCUGAUCCACCUCAGUAGUACUGUAGUGCCCAUCCACCUGGUAAAGAAGAGGUUACCAUCUCUGAUCCACCUCAGUAGUACUGUAGUGUCCAUCCACCUGGUAAAGAAGAGGUUACCAUCUCUGAUCCACCUCAGUAGUACUGUAGUGUCCAUCCACCUGGUAAAGAAGAGGUUACCAUCUCUGAUCCACCUCAGUAGUACUGUAGUGUCCAUCCACCUGGUAAAGAAGAGGUUACCAUCUCUGAUCCACCUCAGUAGUACUGUAGUGUCCAUCCAACUGGUAAAGAAGAGGUUACCAUCUCUGAUCCACCUCAGUAGUACUGUAGUGUCCAUCCACCUGGUAAAGAAGAGGUUACCAUCUCUGAUCCACCUCAGUAGUACUGUAGUGUCCAUCCACCUGGUAAAGAAGAGGUUACCAUCUCUGAUCCACCUCAGUAGUACUGUAGUGUCCAUCCACCUGGUAAAGAGGAGUUUACCAUCUCUGAUCCACCUCAGUAGUACUGUAGUGUCCAUCCACCUGGUAAAGAAGAGGUUACCAUCUCUGAUCCACCUCAGUAGUACUGUAGUGUCCAUCCAACUGGUAAAGAAGAGGUUACCAUCUCUGAUCCACCUCAGUAGUACUGUAGUGUCCAUCCACCUGGUAAAGAAGAGGUUACCAUCUCUGAUCCACCUCAGUAGAACUGUAGUGUCCAUCCACCUGGUAUAGAAGAGGUUACCAUCUCUGAUCCACCUCAGUAGAACUGUAGUGUCCAUCCACCUGGUAAAGAAGAGGUUACCAUCUCUGAUCCACCUCAGUAGUACUGUAGUGUCCAUCCACCUGGUAAAGAAGAGGUUACCAUCUCUGAUCCACCUCAGUAGUACUGUAGUGUCCAUCCACCUGGUAAAGAGGAGGUUACCAUCUCUGAUCCACCUCAGUAGUACUGUAGUGUCCAUCCACCUGGUAAAGAAGAGGUUACCAUCUCUGAUCCACCUCAGUAGUACUGUAGUGUCCAUCCACCUGGUAAAGAAGAGGUUACCAUCUCUGAUCCACCUCAGUAGUACUGUAGUGUCCAUCCACCUGGUAAAGAAGAGGUUACCAUCUCUGAGCGUUAGGUAUCAUUGUGAGUGCGGCUGAGUGUUUAUUGGCACUCAGGGAUUUUUCUACAGAGGCAUUACAAGGAAUCCUGUCGAUGAAUGUUCCGUCCUCACAGGCCCCUGAGCUUGUGUAGGGAUGUGAUUUGAAUGUGACUGAAGGAGUGGGACGGUUGUUUGAUUGAUUUGUGUAUUAUGUCGGGUCCUCUUCCCGUAAUGGAGUAUUUUUUUUCCGAUACCCUGUACAGUAGGUGGCGCCAAUACACCUAUAGCCGUCUUAUGUUGGCUGUGGUACACAGAACUUAGACAUGCCAUAUACAGUGUUAUUCAGUGGAAUGUCAGCUUUUAUUUAAAAAACAAAAACUUUUUUAACAUUUACCGUUCAGAUUUUAUUAAUAUAAAUAUAAACUAUGCACUUUUGACGCACCGGUGCGUCAAUCAACUUUAGUUUUUUUUUUUUACAUUCACAAGGCCGCAGGGCCAGACGGAUUACCAGGAUGCUGGCAAGUGCCUUCACUCUCCCUGACCCAGGCUGUAAUACCUACAUGUUUCAAGCAGACCACCAUAGUCCCUGUGCCCAAGAACACCAAGGUAGCCUGUGUAAAUGACUAUCACCCUGUAUCACAUCUGUAGCCUUGAAAUGCUUUGAAAGGCUGAAAGGCCCACAUCGACACCAUCAUCCCAGACACCCUGGACCCACUCCAAUUCACAUACCGCCCCAAAAGAUCCACAGAUGAUGCAAUUUCUAUGCCACUCUACACUGCCCUUUCCGACUUGGAGAAAAGGAACACCUACGGGUGAAUGCUGUUCAUUGACUACAGCUCAGCGUUUAACACCAUAGUGCCCUCAAAGCUCAUCACUAAGCUAAGGACCCUGGGACUAAACACCUCCCUCUGCAACUGGAUCCUGGACUUCCUGACGGGCCGCCCCCAGGUGGUAAGGGUAGGUAACAACACAUCUGCCACGCUGAUCCUCAACACGGGGGCCCCUCAAGGGUGCAUGCUCAGUCCCCGUACUCCCUGUUCAUCCACGACUGUGUGGCCGCGCAUGACUCCAACAUCGUCAUUAAGUUUGCUAACGACACAACAGUGGUAGGCCUGAUCACUGACAAAGAUGAGACAGCCUAUAGGGAGGAGGUCAGAGAAAAUGUACCUGGCGCCGACGAGGAUGGCGGCCUCGUGACUAGCUCUUAGGAAACUUUGCGGUAUUCUUUUUUUAAAUGUAUUAUUUUUUUUACAUUAUUAGCUCAGAAAGUGUUUUGUAUCAUUACAUACAGCCGGGAAAAACUAUUGGAUAUCAGAGAGGGGGUAACUCACCAGAAUUACGACCAGGAAUACGACUUUCCCGAAGCAGAUCCUUUGUUUGCUCUCCCCAGGGCAACUGAACUGAUUCCAGCGGCUGACCCAAAACAUCGCCGGUGAAGGAGAGGCACUCGGAGGAGCCUGCUGGUUCGACUUAGGAGGCACGCACACCACCCACCGCUUCCACCGCUAAUGUUCAGUCUCUGGUGAACAAGCUCGACGAACUCCGGACAAGGAUUUCUUUCCAGAGAGACAUCAGGGCCUGUAACAUACUUUGUUUCACAGAAACAUGGCUCUCUGGGGAUAUUCUGUCGAAAUCGGUCCAGCCAGAUGGGUUCUCAGUUCAUCGCACAGACAGGAAUAAAUAUCUCUCCGGGAAGCAGAAGGGCGGAGGUGUGUGUUUCAUGAUUAACGACUCAUGGUGUAAUUGUAGUAACAUACAGGAACUCAAGUCCUUUUGUUCACCCGACCUAGAAUACCUCACAACCAAAUGCCGACCGUAUUUUCUCCCAAAAUAAUUUUCCUUGGUUAUAGCCACGGCCGUUUAUAUCCCGCCUCAAGCCGAUACUACGACGGCCCUCAAAGAACUUCACUGGACUUUAUGCAAACUGGAAACCACAUAUCCUGAGGCUGCAUUUAUUGUAGCUGGGGAUUUUAACAAAGCAAAUUUGAGGACUAGGCUGCCGAAGUUCUAUCAACAUAUGGACUGUUGUACUUGCGCUGCUAAAAUCCUCGACCAUUGCUAUUCGAACUUCCGGGAUGGUUCUAAGGCCCUCCCCCGCCCUCCUUUCGGGAAAUCUGACCACAACUCCAUUUUGCUCCUCCCUUCCUAUAGGCAGAAACUCAAACAGGAAGUAUCCGUGCUAAAGACUAUUCAACGCUGGUCUGACCAAUCGGAAUCCUCACUUCAAGAUUGUUUUGAUCACGUGGACUGGGAUAUGUUCCGGGUAGCUUGCGAAAAUAAUUUAGACAAAUACACUGAAACAGUGACUGAGUUUAUCAGGAAGUGUAUAAGAGAUGUUGUACCCACUGUGACUAUUAAAACCUACCCUAACCAGAAACCGUGGAUAGAUGGCAGCAUUCACGCAAAACUGAAAGCGCGAACCACCGCAUUAAACCAUGGCAAGGUGACUGGGAAUAUGGCAGAAUACAAACAGUGUAGCUACUCACUCCGCAAGGCAAUGAAACUGGCAAAACAUCAGUAUAGAGACAAAGUGGAGUUGCAAUUCAACGGCUCAGACAUGAGACGUCUGUGGCAGGGUCUACAAACAAUCACGGACUACAAAAGGAAAACCAGCCACGUUGCCGACACCGACGUCUUGCUUCCAGACAAGCUAAACACCUUCUUUACCCGCUUUGAGGAUAACACAGUGCCACCGAUGAGUCCCACUACCAAGGACUGUGGCCUCUCCUUCUCCAUGGCCAAUGUGAUUAAGACAUUUAAGCGUGUUAACACCCGCAAGGCUGCCAGCCCAGACGGCAUCCCUAGCCGAGUCCUUAGAGCAUGCGCAGACCAGCUGGCUGGUGUGUUCAUGGACAUUUUCAAUCUCUCCCUUUCCCAGUCUGCUGUUCCCACAUGUUUCAAGAUGGCCACCAUUGUUCCUGUACCCAAGAAAGCAAAGGUAACUGAACUAAAUGACUAUCGCCCCGUAGCACUCACCUCUGUCAUCAUGAAGUGCUUUGAGAGACUAGUCAAGGAUCAUAUCACCUCUACCUUACCUGUCACCCUAGACCCACUUCAAUUUGCUUACUGCCCCAAUAGAUCCACAGAUGAUGCAAUCGCCAUCACACUGCACACUGCCCUAUCCCAUCUGGACAAGAGGAAAACCUAUGUAAGAAUGCUGUUCAUUGACUAUAGCUCAGCAUUCAACACCAUAGUACCCUCCAAGCUCAUCAUUAAGCUCGAGGCCCUGGGUCUGAACCCCGCCCUGUGCAACUGGGUCCUGGACUUCCUGACGGGCCGCCCCCAGGUGGUGAAGGUAGGAAACAACUUCUCCACUUCGCUGAUCCUCAACACUGGGGCCCCACAAGGGUGCGUGCUCAGCCCCCUCCUGUACUCCCUGUUCACCCAUGACUGCGUGGCCAAGCACGCCUCCAACUCAAUCAUCAAGUUUGCAGACGACACAACAGUAGUAGGCUUGAUUACCAAUAAUGACGAGACCACCUACAGGGAGGAGGUGAGGGCUCUGGGAGUGUGGUGCCAGGAAAAUAACCUCUCACUCAAUGUCAACAAAACAAAGGAGAUGAUCGUGGACUUCAGGAAACAGCAGAGGGUGCACCCCCCUAUCCACAUCGACGGGACCGCAGUGGAGAAGGUGGAAAGCUUCAAGUUCCUUGGCGUACACGUCACUGACAAACUGAAAUGGUCCACCCACGCAGACAGUGUGGUGAAGAAGGCGCAACAGAGCCUCUUCAACCUCAGGAGGCUGAAGAACUUUGGCUUGGCAACUAAAACCCUCACAAACUUUUACAGAUGCACAUUUGAGAGCAUCCUGUCGGGCUGUAUCACCACCUGGUACGGCAACUGCACCGCCCACAACCGCAGGGCUCUCCAGAGGGUGGUGCGGUCUGCCCAACGCAUUACCGGGGGCAAACUACCCGCCCUCCAAAACACCUACAGCACCCGAUGUCACAGGAAGGCCAAAAAGAUCAUCAAGAACAUCAACCACCCGAGCCACUGCCUGUUCACCCCGCUAUCAUCCAGAAGGCGAGGUCAGUACAGGUGCAUCAAAGCUGGGACCGAGAGACUGAAAAACAGCUUCUAUCUCAAGGCCAUCAGACUGUUAAAUAGCCAUCACUAGCACAUUAGAGACUGCUGCUGCCUAUUGAAAUCACUGGCCACUUUAAGAAAUGGAACACUAGUCACUUUAAUAAUGUUUCCAUAUCUUGCACUACUCAUCUCAUAUGUAUAUACUGCAUUUACAUUUACAUUUUAGUCAUUUAGCAGACGCUCUUAUCCAGAGCGACUUACAGGAGCAAUUAGGGUUAAGUGCCUUGCUCAAGGGCACAUUUACGUCAUUUAGCAGACGCUCUUAUCCAGAGCGACUACAAAUUGGUGCAUUCACCCUAUAGCCAGUGGGAUAACCACUUUACAAUUAUACUUUUUUUAUUUUUUAUUUUUUAUUUUUGGGGGGGGGAGGGGUAGAAGGAUUACUUUAUCCUAUCCCAGGUGUUCCUUAAAGAGGUGGGGUUUCAAAUGUCUCCGGAAGGUGGUGAGUGACUCCGCUGUCCUGGCGUCGUGAGGGAGCUUGUUCCACCAUUGGGGUGCCAGAGCAGCGAACAGUUUUGACUGGGCUGAGCGGGAACUAUGCUUCCGCAGAGGAAGGGGAGCCAGCAGGCCAGAGGUGGAUGAACGCAAUGCCCUCGUUUGGGUGUAGGGACUGAUCAGAGCCUGAAGGUACGGAGGUGCCGUUCCCCUCACUGCUCCAUAGGCAAGCACCAUGGUCUUGUAACGGAUGCGAGCUUCAACUGGAAGCCAGUGGAGUGUGCGGAGGAGGGGGGUGACGUGAGAGAACUUGGGAAGGUUGAACACCAGACGGGCUGCGGCAUUCUGGAUGAGUUGUUGGGGUUUAAUGGCACAGGCAGGGAGCCCAGCCAACAGCGAGUUGCAGUAAUCCAGACGGGAGAUGACAAGUGCCUGGAUUAGGACCUGUGCCGCUUCCUGUGUAAGGCAGGGUCGUACUCUCCGAAUGUUGUAGAGCAUGAACCUGCAGGAUCGGGUCACCGCCUUGAUGUUAGCGGAGAACGACAGGGUGUUGUCCAGGGUCACGCCAAGGCUCUUCGCACUCUGGGAGGAGGACACAACGGAGUUGUCAACUGUGAUGGCGAGAUCAUGGAACGGGCAGUCCUUCCCCGGGAGGAAGAGCAGCUCCGUCUUGCCAGGGUUCAGCUUGAGGUGGUGAUCCGUCAUCCAUACUGAUAUGUCGGCCAGACAUGCAGAGAUGCGAUUCGCCACCUGGUUAUCAGAAGGGGGAAAGGAGAAGAUUAGUUGUGUAUCGUCAGCGUAGCAAUGAUAGGAGAGGCCAUGUGAGGAUAUGACAGAGCCAAGUGACUUGGUGUAUAGGGAGAAAAGGAGAGGGCCUAGAACUGAGCCCUGGGGGACACCAGUGGUGAGAGCACGUGGUGCGGAGACAGCUUCUCGCCACGCCACUUGGUAGGAGCGACCGGUCAGGUAGGACGCAAUCCAGGAGUGAGCCGCGCCGGAGAUGCCCAGCUCGGAGAGGGUGGAGAGGAGGAUCUGAUGGUUCACUGUAUCAAAGGCAGCAGACAGGUCUAGAAGGACAAGAGCAGAGGAGAGAGAGUUAACUUUAGCAGUGCGGAGAGCCUCCGUGACACAGAGAAGAGCAGUCUCAGUUGAAUGACCAGUCCUGAAACCUGACUGGUUUGGAUCAAGAAGGUCAUUCUGAGAGAGAUAGCAAGAGAGUUGGCUAAAGACGGCACGCUCAAUAGUUUUGGAAAGAAAAGAAAGAAGGGAUACUGGUCUGUAGUUGUUGACAUCAGUGGGAUCGAGUGUUGGUUUUUUGAGAAGGGGUGCAACUCUCGCUCUCUUGAAGACGGAAGGGACAUGGCCAGCGGUCAAGGAUGAGUUGAUCAGCGAGGUGAGGUAGGGGAGAAGGUCACCGGAGAUGGUCUGGAGAAGAGAGGAGGGGAUGGGGUCAAGCGGGCAGGUUGUUGGGCGGCCUGCAGUCACUAGUCGCAAGAUUUUAUCUGGAGAGAGAAGGGAGAAAGAAGUCAAAGCAUAGGGUAGGGCAGUGUGAGCAGGACCAGCAGUGUCAUUGGACUUAACAAACGAGGAUCGGAUGUCGUCAACCUUCUUUUCAAAGUGGUUGACAAAGUCAUCCACAGAGAGGGAGGAGGGGGGGGGGGGGGGGGAGGAUUCAGCAGUGAGGAGAAUGUGGCAAAGAGCUUCCUAGGGUUAGAGGCAGAUGCUUGGAAUUUAGAGUGGUAGAAAGUGGCCUUAGCAGCAGAAACAGAUGAAGAAAAUGUAGAGAGGAGGGAGUGAAAAGAUGCCAGGUCGGCAGGGAGUUUAGUUUUCUUCCAUUUCCGCUCAGCUGCCCGGAGCUCUGUUCUGUGAGCUCGCAAUGAGUCAUCAAGCCACGGAGCUGGAGGGGAGGACCGAGCCGGCCGGGAGGAUAGGGGACACAGGGAGUCAAAGGAUGCAGAAAGGGAGGAGAGGAGGGUUGAGGAGGCAGAAUCAGGAGAUUGGAGGGAGAAGGAUUGAGCAGAGGGAAGAGAUGAUAGGAUGGAAGAGGAGAGAGUAGUGGGAGAGAGAGAGCGAAGGUUGCGGCGGCGCGUUACCAUCUGUGUAGGGGCAGAGUGAGUAGUGUUGGAGGAGAGCGAGAGAGAAAAGGAUACAAAGUAGUGGUCGGAGACAUGGAGGGGAGUUGCAGUGAGAUUAGUAGAAGAGCAACAUCUAGUAAAGAUGAAGUCAAGCGUAUUGCCUGCCUUGUGAGUGGGGGGGGGAUGGUGAGAGGGUGAGGUCAAAAGAGGAGAGGAGUGGAAAGAAGGAGGCAGAGAGAAAUGAGUCAAAUGUAGACGUAGGGAGGUUGAAAUCCCCCAAAACUGUGAAGGGUGAGCCAUCCUCAGGAAAGGAACUUAUCAAGGCGUCAAGCUCAUUGAUGAACUCUCCAAGGGAACCUGGAGGGCGAUAGAUGACAAGGAUAUUAAGCUUAAAUGGGCUAGUGACUGUGACAGCGUGGAAUUCAAAUGAGGAGAUAGACAGAUGGGUUAGGGGAAAAUUGAGAAUGACCACUUGGGAGAGAUGAGGAUUCCUGUGCCACCACCCCUCUGACCAGAUGCUCUCGGGGUAUGCGAGAACACAUGGUCAGACGAGGAGAGAGCAGUAGGAGUAGCAGUGUUUUCAGUGGUAAUCCAUGUUUCCGUCAGCGCCAGGAAGUCGAGGGACUGGAGGGUAGCAUAGGCUGGGAUGAAGUCAGCCUUGUUGGCGGCAGAACGGCAGUUCCAGAGGCUGCCUGAGACCUGGAACUCCAGGUGUGUGGUGCGUGCAGGGACCACCAGGUUAGAGAGGCAGCAGCCACGCGGUGUGAGGCGUUUGUGUAGCCUGUGCGGAGAGGAGAGAACAGGGAUAGGCAGAGGCAUAGUUGACAGGCUGCAGCAGAUGGCUACAAUAAUGCAGAGGAGAUCGGAAUGAAAUGAACUAAACAUCUGGGAAAGGAGAGAGCAGGCCUCCCUCACCAAAAAAAAUAUAUAUAUAUAUAACUCUCCCAACUUCCACCUCAGAAACUAAAAUUGUUUCACUGAACCACCCGAGUAAAACUCUCCCAACUUCCACUUUAGAAAUUAGAAUUGUUGUAAACUACAGCAGACUGUUAUCAGUAGCUGUAAUUAAGUACAGCAGCUACCAACCACCUAACGUUAAUGCCUCGGAUGAGGUUAGAAAAACAGCUGAAUGGUAGCAGCUAGCUGGCUCAAUCACAGGUACUCUUAAGCAUGAAAUAACAUUGGAAACAAUUAACCACAGUUGCAAAAAGUUACCAGUAGCUACCCGCUAGCUAGCUAGCUAGCUUUGUUGGUCCAAGUAGUGGGUAAGCUAGCCUCGUGCUUCGCCGGGGUCCGCCGAAUACAGUCCUUACCUACAAUAAUUACCUACAAUAACCUUCAAUAACUACCUGAGUAAACUACCUAUAAUACCUAACUACAAUACCUACCUACAAUCUAAAUACAUGGUUUAAGCUUAACUCAACACCAUAUAAGAAGCCAAGCUUACCUUUCAUAACGCAGCAAUGAUUAAACGUUGGGUAGCUAGCACAAAGAUAUUGUAUUUAGCUACCACAGUACAGCCAGCUGGUAGUGUUGGCUGGCUAGCAAUGGCUGCUGUGUUGACUUUGUUUGAAAAACGGCGUCGCUGCGAACGAAUGUAGCUGGCUAAAAGGAUAUUGUUUUUAGUUGCUACCGUUGCUAAUAGCUACUCGCCAGCUAAUCCAGGAGGUGAGUUAGCUAGCUAGCUUCGUGCUACACCCGGCACGCCGAAUACAAAAGUAACCUACAAUAACUACACAACAGCUACCCACAACAGCCCACGAUGCCUACCUAUACUACUUAAUAAUAUACAGCCCACGAUGCCUACCUAUAAUACCUAACUACAAUCUAAAUACAUAGUUUAAGCCUUACUCGACAAAGCCCAAGCUAUGUAUAAAGCCAAACUGGCAGACUGCAAUCAGUAGCCGUAAUUAAGUACAGCAGCUACCAACCACCUAACGUUAAUGAUAAUGAGGUUAGAAAAACAGCUGAAUGGUGACGGCUAGCUGGCUCAAUCACAGGUACUCUUAAGCGUGAAAUAACAUUGGAAACAAUUAACCACUGUUGCUAAAAGUUACCAGUAGCUACCCGCUAGCUAGCUAGCUAGCUUUGUUGGUCCAAGUAGUGGGUAAGCUAGCCUCGUGCUUCGCCGGGGUCCGCCGAAUACAGUCCUUACCUACAAUAAUUACCUACAAUAACCUUCAAUAACUACCUGAGUAAACUACCUAUAAUACCUAACUACAAUACCUACCUACAAUCUAAAUACAUGGUUUAAGCUUUACUCAACACCAUAUAAGAAGCCAAGCUUACCUCCUGCUAGAGAAAACACAACCUCUCCCGACCACCGUACAUGCAGCUGGUGGCUCUGUGUAAGCUGCUGGAGCUGCAACCCAUAGGAACCAACAACCUGCUGCGCUUCCAGCUCAAGAAUACUGCAUUCUAUUCUAUAAUAUUCUACUGUAUCUUAGUCCAUGCAAAUCUGUCAUUGCUUGUCCAUAUAUGUAUAUAUUCUUAAAUUCCAUUCCUUACUAGAUUUGUGUGUAUUGGGUUGUGAAAUUGUUAGAUAUUACUUGUUAGAUAUUACUGCACUGUCGGAGCUAGAAGCACAAGCAUUUCGCUACACCCGCAAUAACAUCUGCUAAACACGUGUAUGUGACAAAUACAAUUUGAUUUGAUUUGACCUGGCAGUGUGGUGCCAGGACAACAACCUCUCCCUCAACAUCAGCAAGACAACGGAGCUGAUCGUGGACUACAGGAAACCGAGGGCCGAGCACGCCCCCAUUCACAUCGACAGGGCUGUAGUGGAGUGGGUCGAGAGCUUCAAGUUCCUUGGUGUCCACAUCACUAAGGAUCUAUCAUGGUCCAAACACACCAAGACAGUUGUGAAGAGGGCACAACAAUGCCUCUUCCCCCUCAGGAGACUGAAAGGAUUUGGCAUGGGCCCUCAGAUCCUCAAAAAGUUAUACAGCUGCACCAUUGAGAGCAUCUUGACUGGUUGCAUCACCGCCUGGUAUGGCAACUGCUCGGCCUCCGACCGCAAGGCACUACAGAGGGUAGUGCGUACGGCCCAGAACAUCACUGGGGCCAAGCUUCCUGCCAUCCAGGACCUCUAUACCAGGCGGUGUCAUAAGAAGGCCCUAAAAAUUGUCAAAGGCUCCAGCCACCCAAGUCAUAGACUGUUCUCUCUGCUGCCACACGGCAAGUGGUACCGAUGCACCAAGUCUGUAACCAACAGGACCCUGAACAGAUUCUACCCCCAAGCCAUAAGACUGCCUUCAUUGUUAAUUAAAUAGUUAACCAAAUAGCUACCCGGACCAUCUGCAUUGACCUCCAAUGACCCUUUUUGCACUAACUGUUUUGACUCGUCACAUACCCUGCUGCUACUGCUUAUUAUCUGUCCCUUUAUUCCUAGUUAUAUGUACAUAUCUACCUCAAUGACCUCGUUCCCCCGCACAUGGACUCGGUACUGGUACCCCGUGUAGAUAGCCAAGUUAUCAUAGACUCGGUACUGGUACCCCGUGUAUAUAGCCAAGUUAUCAUAGACUCGGUACUGGUACCCCGUGUAGAUAGCCAAGUUAUCAUAGACUCGGUACUGGUACCCCGUGUAUAUAGCCAAGUUAUCAUGGACUCAGUACUGGUACCCCGUGUAGAUAGCCAAGUGAUCAUAGACUCGGUACUGGUACCCCGUGUAGAUAGCCAAGUUAUCAUAGACUCGGUACUGGUGCCCCGUGUAUAUAGCCAAGUUAUCAUAGACUCGGUACUGGUACCCCGUGUAGAUAGCCAAGUUAUCAUAGACUCGGUACUGGUGCCCCGUGUAUAUAGCCAAGUUAUCAUAGACUCUGUACUGGUACUCCCUGUAUAUAGCCAGGUUAUCGUUACUCAUUGUGUAUUUAUUAUUACUUUUAUUAUUAUGUGUUAUUACAUUUCUAUUACUUCUCUAAUUUCUUUCUCUUUGCAUUGUUGGGAAGGGCCUGUAAGUCAGCAUGUAACAAAUAAAAUGUGAUUUGAUUUGAAUUCUGUUCAAUAAUAUCCUUCCCUUAGCUUAUACCAAGGCUAAAAUGUCAACAAGAUGAGAGUCGUGCAGUUUAGUAGAUGCAAAUGCUUUGGAAUAAUUAUGGAUAUUAUACCAGACAACACAGCAGUUUGCCAGCAGGCAGCAUCUUGUUGUCAAUAGAGCUUGGAAGGUCAUUUGGAAGGUCAUUUGGAAGGUCAUUUGGAAGGUCAUUUGGAAGGUCAUUUGGAAGGUCAUUUGGAAGGUCAUUUGCUCAAAGCGUCUUCCUGCAAUGAUUUCCAUUUGAUUAUAUUUCAUGCUCUAAGCUUCAGAAGACGUUCUCCUUGCAGCCUGAUGUCUGUGUGAUGGGAAUAGUCUUCAGAAGACGUUCAGCCUGGUGUCUGUGUGAUGGGAAUAGUCUUCAGAAGACGUUCAGCCUGGUUUCUGUGUGAUGGGAAAAGUCUUCAGAUGUGGUGAGCGUGGUGAAAGGAGUCAGGCGCAGGAGGGUAAUCACCGAAUACAGAGUUUAUUCCUUCGUUGACACACACAUGCGCUCCAAUAGCGAUCAACGAAACAGGCACAGGGGAAACAAACAUCCCUGGCAAUUAUACUGUAACGGAAUCCAAUAAACAUAGGCCCAGGGGGAAAAUCUACCCUGGCAACACAAUGUUAUGAGUAGCUCCACCGAGCUACAUACUCUCACAAUUAACAAUCACCCACAAGGACAAGGGGGCAGAGGGAACACUUAUACACAGACUAAUUAGGGGAAUAGAACCAGGUGUGUGUGAUUGACAAGACAAUUGUGAUGAUGAUUGGGGCGGCAGUGGUUAGUACUCCUGUGACGACGAACGCCGAAGCCUGCCCGAACAAGGAGAGGAGGCAGCCUCGGCCGAAGUCGUGACAUCAGAAGAUGUUCAGCCAGGUGUCUGUGUGAUGGGAAUAGUCUUCAGAAGACGUUCAGCCAGGUGUCUGUGUGAUGGGAAUAGUCUUCAGAAGACGUUCAGCCAGGUGUCUGUGUGAUGGGAAUAGUCUUCAGAAGACGUUCAGCCAGGUGUCUGUGUGAUGGGAAUAGUCUUCAGAAGACGUUCAGCCAGGUGUCUGUGUGAUGGGAAAAGUCUUCAGAAGACGUUCAGCCUGGUGUCUGUGUGAUGGGAAUAGUCUUCAGAAGACGUUCAGCCUGGUGUCUGUGUGAUGGGAAUAGUCUUCAGAAGACGUUCAGCCUGGUGUCUGUGUGAUGAGAAUAGUCUUUUUUUUUAAAGGAAUAGUAUUUGUAUUCCAAUAUAUCUGUAUUCUGUGGAUGCAUCCCAAAUUGUAUCCUAUUCCCUAUAUAGUGCAGUAUAUUUGGCCAUGGUCUGUCUAUUGCAAGGUACUUGUACUCCUCCUGUACUCUUGUCUGUGUUCCUUUACUCUUCCUGUGUCUGUGUUCCUGUACUCCUUCCUGUCUGUGUUCCUGUACUCCUUCCUGUCUGUGUUCCUGUACUCCUUCCUGUCUGUGUUCCUGUACUCCUUCCUGUGUGUGUUCCUGUACUCCUUCCUGUCUGUUUUCUGUACUCCUUCCGGGAUGUUUUCCCUGUACCCCUUUCCUGUUGUGUUCCUGUACCCCUUCCCUGCUGGUUCCUGUACCCUUUUUGUCGGGUUUUCCCGUACCCCUUUCGUCUGUGUUCCUGAUCCUUUGCGGUUUCCUGAAAUUUCCUUUUUCGGUUUUUGACCCUUUCCCGUUGUGUCCUGUAUCCUUUUUCUUUUUGUUCCUGUUUUUCCUUCCUUUUUUGUGUUCCCGUAUAUUCUGUUGGUCUGUACUCUUCCUGUCUGUUUUUCCGUACUCCUUCUUCUGUUUUUCCUUUGUCUUUCCCUUUUGUUUUCCUGUACCCCUUCCUGUUGUUUUUCCGUACCCCCUUUGUCGGGUUUUCCCUGACCCCUUUCCUGUCUGUUUUCCCUGUAUCUUCCCUUCUGUGCCCUGUACUCCUCCUGUCUGUUUUCCCUGUAUCUUCCUGUCGUUUUUUCCGUAUUUCCUGUCUGUGUUCUGACUCCUUCCUGUUGUUUUCCCGACUUUUCCCUUUUGUGUUCUGUACCCUUCCGGUUUUGGUUCCUGUACUUUAUUCCUGUUUUUUUUUUUUCCUUACCCUUCCGUCUGGGCUAGUGGUGGUUGACCGGGUUUAGUGGUGGUUGCCCUGUGGUAGGGGGGUUUGACCGGUUUCUAGUGGGGGUUUUCCCUGGGGUAGGGUGGUUCCCGGGGCUAGCUGAGGUGGGCUAUGAAUCUCAAAACCGAUCCAAAAAUGAAACCUGGAUGUCUGAUACAACAUUACGGGCAGGUUUUGAGGGUACCAUGGCUCUCAUUUUUAAUUUCUGGAUUGGUUUAGGAGUUUUUCCCUUUUUUUUAUUUUUCUCUUUUUUUUUUUUUUUUUUUUUUUUUGUCUUUUUUGUUUUUUUGGGGGGGCCCCCGGGGGGCCCCCCCUUUUAAUUUUUUUAAAAAAACCCCCUGCCCUUUCUUUUUUUGUUUUUUUUUUUUUUUUUUUUGUUGUUUUGUAUUUUUCUUUUUUUUUUUUGUCUUUUUUGUUUCUUUUUUCUUUUUUUCCCCUUUUUGUUUCUUUUCUCUUAUGCCCUUCUCUCUUCUUUUUUGAUUUUUUUGAUCUGCCCUUUUUUCUCUUUGCCCUUUCUUUUCUUCUUCCUCUUUUUGUCUUUCCUUCGCCCUCCUCUCUUUCCCUUUCCCCUUUUCUCUCUCCCCCUCUCUUCGCUCCCCUUCGUGGGUGGGCGGAUGAGUAACGAGGCAAAGGGAGGGAAUGUGUUCCUCUCCUGGAGCCAUGUCUCAGAUGACCGUGGGGCGCUGUAUCCCUUCUGCAGAGCCUCCUGUCCUCUGCUCCCCUCUCCUCUCCAAGCUGUCGCCUCUCAUCAGUCUCAACCAAACCUCAAUGUGCCACACAGAGUGAAAAAGAGGGGAAAAUGAUACUAUUUUGAACAAGCACAAAAUGAGUCAAGAUAAACAAACCAUAUCCCCCCCCCCCCCCCCCCCCCCCCCGCUUCUAUUGCUCUCUUGCAGUUACUGUCUGUCUAAUGCUAGUGGAGAUGUAAUUAAAUCCAUUAGUCAUAACAAGUCUUUCAUUUUAAAUGUUUGAACUGGGCUACACGCAAUGUAUGACCCGUGCUUUAUUUAGUAUGACUGGACAUGUCGACAUGAAUUGUAGCUUAGCCAAGCUGUCGGACUGUACAUUGUUGUGGUUAAUUAUGUUCAUAAUGACAGUGUACACAAACUCUGAGUGCAUUACAGUAGUAAUCAACCCUCAACUUAAUGUUGAUGAAGUGAAUUUUAUUACCUAGCUAAUUAUCUGAACAGAAAGCCACCACCUCACCUUGCUGGAAUAGAAGCUACACUAAGCUACACUUCCUAAUUGACCUGGCUCGGGUAUCCUGGAUGGAUGUUGACCUCAUUCCGUCAGUAGAGGAUACCUGGUUGUUCUUUAAAAGUGCUUUCCUCUCCAUCUUAAAUAAACAUGCCCCAUUCAAAAAAUUCAGAACCAAGAACAGAUAUAGACCCUGGUUCACCCCAGACUUGACUGCCCUUGACCAGCACAAAAAACAUCCUGUGGCGUACUGCAUUAGCAUCGAACAGCCCCCGCGAUAUGCAACUUUUCAGGGAAGUCAGGAACCAAUAUACACAAUUCAGUUAGGAAAGCAAAGGCUAGCUUUUUCAAAACAGAGAUUUGGAUCCUGUAGCACUAACUCCAAAAAGUUUGGGGACACUGUAAAAGUCCAUGGAGAAUAAGAGCACCUCCUCCCCAGCUGCCCACUGCACUGAGGCUAGGAAAGGAAACACUAUCACCACCGAUAAAUCUACAAUAAUCGAGAAUUUCAACAAGCCAUUUUGCUACGGCUGGCCAUGCUUUCCACCUGGCUACCACUACCCCGGCCACCCAAAUCUGCACCCUCCGCUGCAACUUGCCCAUGCCCCCCCCCCGCUUCUCCUUCACACAAAUUCAGACAGCUGAUGUUCUGAAAGAGCUGCAAAAUCUGGACCCCUACAAAUCAGCUGGGCUAGACAAUCUGGACCCUUUCUUUCUAAAAUUAGCGCCGAAAUUGUAGCAACCCCUAUUACUAGCCUGUUCAACCUCUCUUUCGUAUCGUCUGAGAUCCCCAGAGAUUGGAAAGCUGCCGCGGUCAUCCCCCUCUUCAAAAGGGGGUGACACUCUAGAUCCAAACUGUUACAGACCUAUAUCCAUCCUGCCCUGCCUUUUGAAAGUAUUUGAAAGCCAAGUUAAUAAACAGAUCACCGACCAUUUCGAAUCCCCACCGUACCUUCUCCCGCUAUGCAAUCUGGUUCCGAACAUGGGUUAUCGAUCCGUCAUGGGUGCACCUCAGCCACGCUCAAGGUCCUAAACGAUAUUAUAACCGCGAUCGAUAAUAGGACAGUACUGUGCAGCCGUCUUCAUCGACCUGGCCAAGGUUUUCGACUCUGUCAACCCACCGCAUUCUAUUGGCAGACUAAAUAGCCUUGGUUUCUCAAAUGACUGCCUUGCCUGGUUCACCAACUACUUCUCAGAUAGAGUUCAAUGUGUCAAAUCGGAGGGCCUGUUGUCUGGACCUAUGGUAGUCUCUAUGAGGGUGCCACAGGGUUCAAUUCUCGGGCCGACUCUAUUCUCUGUGUAUAUCAAUGAUGUCGCUCUUGCUGCUGGUGACUCUCAGAUCCACCUCUAUGCAGACGACACCAUUUUGUAUACAUCUGGCCCUUCAUUGGACACUGUGUUAACAAACCUCCAAACGAGCUUCAAUGCCAUUCAACACUCCUUCGUAGCCUCCAACUGCUCUUAAACGCUAGUAAAACUAAAUGCAUGCUCUUCAAUCGAACGCUGCUUGCACCCGCCCGCCCGACUAGAAUCACUACUCUCGGCGGUUCUGACUUAGAAUAUGUGGACAACUACAAAUACCUAUGUCACGCCCUGACUCAGGAGACGUUGAUUUGUUGAGUCAGGGUGUGUAUUUUCUGUGUUGUGUUUUUUUAUGUUUAGUUCUAGAUCGUUUAUAUCUAUGUUGGCCAGGGUGGUUCCCAAUCAGAGGCAGCUGUAGCUCGUUGUCUCUGAUUGGGGACCAUACUUAGGCAGCCUGUUGGCACCUGUUAGUUGUGGGAUCUUGUUCCGUAUAGGUUUGUUGUGUGUACCUUAAGACUUCACGUAUCGUUUGUUUGUUGUUUUGUCGUGUGUCUAAUCGUUUAAUAAAAUGUACGCUUAUCACGCUGCGCCUUGGUUCCAUGAAUCUUUAAACGAUCGUGACAACCUAGGUGUCUGGUUUGACCGUAAACUCUCCUUCCAGACUCACAUUAAGCAACUCUAAUCCAAAGUUAAAUCUAGAAUCGGCUUCCUAUUUCGCAACAAAGCCUCCUUCACUCAUGCUGCCAAACAUGCCCUCGUAAAACUGACUAUCCUACCGAUCCUUGACUUUGGCGAUGUCAUUUACAAAAUAGCCUCCAACACUCUACUCAGCAAAUUGGAUGUAGUCUAUCACAGUGCCAUCCGUUUUGUCACCAAAGCCCCAUAUACUACCCACCAUUGUGACCAGUACGCUCUCGUUGGCUGGCCCUCACUACAUAUUUGUCGCCAAACCCACUGGCUCCAGGUCAUCUAUAAAUCACUGCUAGGCAAAUCCCCGCCUUAUCUUAGCUCAUUGGUCACCAUAGCAACACCCACCCGUAGUCUGCGCUCCAGCAGGUAAUUCUCACUGGUCAUCCCCAAAGCCAACACCUCCUUUGGCCGCCAUUCCUUCCAGUUCUCUGCUGCCAAUGACUGGAACGAACUGCAAAAAUCUCUGAAGCUGGAGACUCUUAUCUCCCUCACUAACUUUAAGCAUCAGUUGUCAGAGCACCUUACCGAUCACUGCACCUGUACACAGCCCAUCUGUAAUUAGCCCACCCAGCUACCUCAUCCCCAUAUUGUUAUUUAUUUUGCUCAUUUGCACCCCAGUAUCUCUAUUUGCACAUCAUCUUCUACACAUCUAUCAUUCCAGUGUUAAUACUAAAUUGUAACUAUUUUGCACUAUGGCCUAUUUAUUGCCUUACCUCCACAACUUACUACAUUUGCACACACUGUAUAUAGAUUUUCUAUUGUGUUAUUGACUGUAUGUUUUGUUUACCCCAUAUGUAACUCUGUGUUGUUGUUUUUAUCGCACUGCUUUGCUUUAUCUUGGCCAGGUCGCAGUUGUAAAUGACUUGUUCUCAACUGGCUUACCUGGUUAAAUAAAGGUGAAAUAAAAUAAAAAUAAAAAAAGGACUGGUGUUGUUUAGGUCUGCUUAACUGAACUGUGUCGCAACACCUCCAUCCAGUGGCUAUAACAUGUAACAACGGUCUCUUGGCACAGGUGCUGUUUGGGUGUUGCCUAAUCAUGUGCACCAUCAUUGACUACAAUAUUGAUGUCAUAAAGUGGGUGUACAAAUAUAUCCACAGGGAAAAGCACACCCAGGAUAUCAAAGUUAUAUGCUUAGUAUUUUAAUGUAUUUAAGACAGGCCCAGCACAUAAACACCCAACGUUUCCACUAGGUCUUUUUCAAGGGUGUAAAAAGUGUGCAGAGACGAGAGGUGACGCAAGUAAGGGAGAAAUCUGAUCUAAAAGUAUAUACAUUUUUACCAUACAGUAACCUAAAGCUUUUAUCACACUGGUUGCAUUCAUAAUCACGUUAACUCAGCACCGCGAUUAAAAACGGUAAUUUAAUAAGUACAGACGGAUCUGUUAGCAGAAAAACUAUUUUAUUAACAAAACGUAAAUAAAUAUGUUUGUUUUACAGAACUUUUUUGUUCCUGCAGUUUUACAGCUAAUUUCCUGCAAUUCUGAUAUAUGACUAUCUGAGUGAGUGACUAACAAAAUCUCAAGAGUGUGCAAGCUGUCAUCAAGGCAAAGGGUGGCUACAUUGAAGAAUCUAAAAUCUGGGAUUAGAAACAGCGACCUUUCCGUUACUGGCACAACGCUCUUAACCACUAAGCUACCUGCCGCCCCUUUAUGCGUUGUGCCAGUAACCGAAAGGUCGCUGGUUCUAAUCCCAGAGCCGACUAGGUGAAAAAUCUGUCGAUGUGCCCUUGAGCAAGGCACUUACCCCUAAUUGCUCCUGUAAGUCGCUCUGGAUAAGAGCGUCUGCUAAAUGACCAAUAUUUUAUAUAUAUUUUGUAUAUUACCGAGGUCUGGACCUUGGUGUCCUCAUAUGUAGCUACAGGCCCUGACAAUAACAUCAGCUAUUAGUAGCCUAGGCUUAACCUUGGAGGUGUACAUGAUUCUAAUCGUGAUUAAUUUAUCAUUCAUAAAUUAAAUGUCCUUUGAUCGACUGGAUACCUCAGUCAUAUAAAUAAUACAAAAAUAAUGUCAUUUUACCCUUGCCAGCUUUAGCCUUAGUGUCAGUCUGUUCGUGCAACUCCUUGUCACUAAUUGUCAUGCCAAACAUGACUUGACAAUGACAAUAGCAAAUGGAGUUGGCAAGAGCACAAACAGAUCUGGUACCAGGCUAAGAGAGCUUAAGGUGCAACUGCAAGCUCCUUGUACCGAGCAACCGUUCGUUUCCCUCUACGACUUCUAUUGUGACCUCAUUCGGCCCACAUUGUGAAGUGCUGCUUGCGCCACGUGGAGAAUCACCGUAGCAACGGUCGGUAUCGUGGAGACGGCACGGGUCCCGCGUUAUAAAAGCAGCCACAGCGCGAGGCCGCCGUUAAGCAGACACACCGCCUUGAGAGACAGGUAACGGCAGAGCGCAUGAGGGGGUCGCUUUUAUCAUAGUGAUGCAGAUAUUUGAUUGAAAUUAAUGUCGACUAGUCCUACUAGUUCUCAGUGGAGUUUUAGAUUUACAGGUCAUCACAAAUUAAUGAAUCUGUAGGCUAGGCCUAUAAUAAGGGCAUUUAGCGUAUUAUUCCUACAUGUUCUGCUAUGAUAACUUUCCAUAACUCUUCAUUCUUUGAUGAAAAUGCACGAUUUACAUUAUGACAUCAACAUUCAACAUGAUCACAUUUGAAUGAUGGUAAGAUAUUGUGAGAAAAGCUAUACAUUUUCCAAGAGUGUAAAAACUAAACGAAAACCAGUUUGACUAUCAACAUUCAACACUAACUCAAAUCAGUCCUCUCUCCCAGUUACAGCUCAGCCCUACAAGGGUUUUUCCUGUUACUGUAGUAACUAUCCUGGUCCUUCACAGAUGGGUAGUCAGGGAGACGUGGUCACUCCAGGAGGAACCGGAAGCCCAGGAGGCCGCCUGGGCAACACCUCUUACAGGUCCUCAUAUGGUGAGAACAAGUUAUCUGAUAUGACAUUGAAAUGACUUGAUGUAAACUCUCUGUUGUCUUGAAUUGAAUUAUAUUUUAUUUUAUUCUACUGAUGGUAAGAUAGUAUGCACUACAUUGACCUAAAGUGUGCUGCAUUCGCAAGUAAACUCUACUUUCACCCUCAAUGAUACGCCUGCGUGAUUUUUUUUUUCAUUGAUAAAAAAAAAAAAAUAAGUCAGAUUCCAUAAUGACUCACUUGCAUGACCACACACUGGUCCCAAUUACCUCACUAAAAUGUGUACUUGUUCACUUCCCUUCGCUGAUUUCAAAGGAAAUGACCGGUAUACGUUUUUCCCAUAAACAAAUAUGGUGGAAACUCGAGCCGUUUCUUACUCUCAUGAGUGCAAACUUCAGGAGAAUGGAGAUAUUAUUGGGAAGCACCCCAACCCUUCCCAACUUACUGUCAUUUCUUAUCCAGGCAAGGAAGGCUUCAGUCCAUGUCUAGGCCAUCAUUACGGGACAGGGUACUCUGCCAACCUGAGACCUGCUGUUAACUACAGCCCCAGCCUGGACCACACUGACAACCCACAGCUAGGGAAGACGAAGACGAGAGAGACAGGGAACAGUAGACGUAUAGGAGAAGAGGAGAGGAGAUGA